AUUUUGACUGUCUCUCGCUCAGCUGUUUUGCUCGGCUGCAGUUUCUGCGCUACUUUGACAUGUUUACAUUUGUUCAUUAAUAUGUAAUAUUAACACAAUAAUUCGAGGUUAUUCUCUUUGAAUAAGCAGUGGCACCGAACACUGGGCUAAAUUCAGCAGAAUGAAGCUCCGGGUCCGAAUCAACAGACAGACCAGGCGACUGGAACUGGACGGACCAGAACCGACUCUUUCCGAGCUCAGAGUCCGGAUCAGAGACACCCUGCUGGGAUCUGAUGUGGAGUUCAAGCUGUCUCUAAACGGGACAGAGGAGCUUUUGGACACGGGACAGACGCUGGCCUCCUCUGGGGUUGUUUCUGGAGAUAUGAUCAGUGUGAUUUUGCCCCAGAGCAGCUCUCAGCAAACACAAACUGCCCCAGAAACCCCGAGUAGAGCAGAAAACACACCCGGCUCCAGCGAGGAGGCCGGUGGCGCAGACAGCAGCAGUGCGAGGGAUGCUGUGAUGGAGGAGUGGUUGGAGGACGAGGAGUGUGUGUUCGCUCCUCCGCCGCUCCUGUGCUGUGAGACGGAGGAGGAGGGAGUGAUUCCUCACGCGCUCGAGAGGCUCCUGGACUCAGCGACAUGUAGAAACACAUCAGACUGUCUGAUACUGGCGGCACAUUUACUCUUGCUGGAGACCGGCUUCCUUCCACAGGGUUCUAAUGUGAACUCAGGCGAGAUGCCGAUUGGCUGGCGGGCGGCAGGGGGCGUGUACAGGCUUCAAUACGCCCACCCACUCCUGGAGAACAGCCUGGUGUCAGUGGUUUCUGUGCCAAUGGGCCAAACGCUCGUCAUUAAUGCUGUUCUUAAGAUGGACAAGACUAUGGAGAAUUCUCGCAAGCUGGCGCUGAAACCAGAUGCUUAUGUGACAGCUGAUUGGGCAGGCGGCAGCGCAGUCGUCGUCUACAGAGACUUAAGAAAACUGUCUCGUCUCUUUAAAGAUCAGCUGGUGUAUCCGCUCAUGGCCGCCGCCAGACAGGCGCUGGGUCUGCCGGCUCUGUUCGGUCUGGCUGUUCUUCCUCCUGAGCUUCUGUUGCGUGUGUUACGGCUCCUGGACGUCGUCUCUCUCGUCUCGCUGUCGACUGUGUGCCGAGACCUGAACGUCGCUACCCAAGAUCCUUCACUCUGGAGACACCUGCUGCACAGAGACUUUAGGGUGCGUUUUUCUGCAGGAAAUCAACACAGAGACACAGACUGGAGAGAGCUUUACAAAAAGAAGUAUAAACUGAAGAAUGUACACAGAUGCCGUUUCUACCCACACCACGUUCCUCCGAUUUUCCCUCUUUCCCCGUUCCCGUCCCCCCCGCUCCCGCUCCCGCUUUACCCUCCCGGCAUCAUCGGAGGAGAUUACGACCAAUCACCUGUCCUCCUGCCCCGCCCACGCUUCGACCCCAUUGGCCCACUCCCGGGUCACCUCCCCGGAACGAGCGUUCCCAUCGGCCGACAUAAUCUGCGUCCGGGAGGGAAUCGACCAGCAGACGUCAGGAGAGGUUUCAUUUGAGCUCCUAAAGACUGUAGACGAUGAAAUUAUUUUGAUGAUGAUUUUUUUUUUGUGUGUUCAUUAAUUAAAGCAUUCCUGGGACGUUCAGACCAGCAAUUCAGUGUGUGUCUGUGUGAGGGAAUUAAAGCAGCAAACACACGCCAGUGCAGCAACUCUUUUACAUUUAAAGGGACACACACGUUUUUGCUCACCCUCAUAAUGUGACAAUUUUAACAUGAUAUAUAAAAUAUGCGUGGGGUAUUUGAGCUCAAACUUCACAGUUCACAUACACACUUAUGUGUGUGUGUGAAGAAUGCAAACGGAAACUUCUUUUACAUCUUAUGAAAAUGGUAU